AUGAUUCUGCCUGAUGAUACAGAGGAUCCACAGGACGAGAUUCCGCUAGCGGAGAGGCUCAAUAGCAUCGUUCUAAUGACACAUAACCAGGAUGCGGAGAGGCAUACCUUGAAAGACAGGGAGACUCUCAAAGAGAAUUCAGAAACUCUCAAGGAUUUUCUGCCAACAUGGACAAGGAAAGGUAGACGUAAGGUAGUUUUGCGCAAAGUUGCUGACAAAGCUUUUUCUGAUGCAGAGACAGUCUUGGUGACUGCAGUUGAUGAACCAUCCUGUGGGUCUGUUUCCAAGAAUGAACAUUGUAAAGGUCAAGUAUCAGACUCUGUUAUGAUGCAUGAUGACAACAAUAUCAGCUCUGAACAUGGUGACGUUGAGGGUGCAGUGAGCACUGGCAGCAACAAAGGCAUUGGACCUGCAAUUGCAGUUGAUGUGCAUCCAGAUCUUCAAGAUAUGUUAGCGAUCAGUGAUGAUGAGUUGGAUGAUAUAUUCGGAAAGGAUACCGAGGUCACUGCAAUGUACCUGAAAUUAUCCAGGUUGGCGGUGACCAUAAACAACUCAGAUCAGCCAUAUGAGGAACGACACGUGUUCACAGUAAGUAGAGAUGAGCAGGAGGGCACAAAAUUGAAGGAUAUCAUGGCGGGAAACAAUUGUGAUUAUGAGCUUGCUACUGUCCAAAGUGAUACAACUCGUGUCAUCAAUGUUAAGACCAAUGUUGAUGUCUUAGAAGGAUCCAUUGAUGAAAUGCAGACGGACAAUGUUACAAAAGAGCAAGAUCAGAGAGCGAAGGUGGACAGAAAAAACUCUACUGUCUUGGAAGAAAACUAUGGUGCAUCUUCUGAUGGCCUAGCAAAUGGAAAUGGUGAGCUGGUGACAAAAUUAAUUUCUACUGAUACACUCUACUAUGUUACACCAUUUGAGCGGGUGAAAGAUGCUAAGAUCAGAGAUUCAAGAGUCACAAAUGCAGUUCAAGGAGUUUUUCAGCCAAGACGUGAAGUUGGAACAAAGGAACUGAUUAGAGAGGUGUCCGAAGCUCGAGAAGCAGAGAAGGUUGAGUUGGAGGCAAUAGUUGAUCGUUUGAAGCAGCAGCUUGUGGCGCUAGAAGGUGCAGGGACAAAAAGAAGCUAGAAACCCUGAGGUAUAUAACUUAACAUAACAUAGUUGUGGGUGAAUUGAAGGCAUGUGCUAGUCUGGUGAAAGGACCUCCUUUUGCUAUACUUUUUGAGGGAACGAGAGCUUUAUAUGAUCUUCAUUAGUCUAUGGAGUAUAUAUUAUUCUUUUCAAAACAGAGUCUAUGGAUAUAUUUUUUGGAGGUUAAAAGGCAGUCGUUUUGCCGUCCGAUUAGAGUGUUUAUGUACAGAGAUCACACCAAAGGAAUUAAAAAAAUUACAACAUAGGUGGAACA